AUGGCAGAAUCAGACCUUCCGGCCUCCUAUGCCUAUCUUCCAACGAAACACAUCAAACUCUCCCAUGUCCCGGUUAACUGCCCAACUGUCACAAAAGUGGUCGUAAUAGAACUCAAUCGACCCACAAAGCGCAACGCAUGGGUCGCUGAAAUGGCCAAAGAACUCGAAACGGUCUACAAACUUUUCGACAUUGACGACCGUGUCCGCGCAAUCGUCCUAACUGGAUCCGGAAGCACGUUUUGCGUGGGAGCAGAUCUUGAAGUCGGCUUUGCAAGUAUAGCAUCCAAAGAUGACAAAGACCCCGCACCUUCGAGAGAUUAUCGCGACAGUGCGGGGUGGGUGACCAUGGCAAUGCACAAUUGUCGGAAAUCCACUGUUGUUGCUAUCAAUGGCUCGGCUGCUGGUGUCGGCAUUACCGUGACUCUUCCGGCUGCUAUUCGAGUUGCAUACAAAGAUGCGAAAAUCGGAUUUGUGUUUGCUCGUCGUGGGUUGAUUAUGGAGGGUGCAUCGGCUUUUCUCCUACCAAAACUAAUCGGACACUCGCGGGCUUUGCAUUUGGUCACUACCGGUGCUGUAUACCCUGCCUCACACCCUUUACUGUCAGACUUGUUUUCGGAAAUUCUUCCUUCACCGGAGGCGACUGUUGCUCGUGCCUUGGAGAUUGCCACCGAUAUUGCUGAGAAUACAUCCAUCAUUUCCACGGCGAUCAUGCGUGAUCUCAUCUGGAGAAGUCCGGGAAGCGCUGAGGAAACGCAUUUAUUGAACUCGCGCUUGAUCUGGGAUAUGUUUGGUAGUGCGGAUAAUAUUGAGGGUACUAAGAGCUUCUUUGAGAAACCUUUGAGAGAACGCCACGAAAGUCGCGAUUAUGAAGCAAUUGGACAGGGUGAUCUUAGUAGAAUGAACACUUUGCUUAUUUAG